GACUAUUAUCAAUCGUCCGGUCCGAUCAUAUAUUCGGUGAAAAGGCCCGUUAGAAACCUGUUCAGUGUGAGGGGCACGGCCGUGAAGAUGGUUGUUUUAUCGGCCGAUUUUGUCCUUUUGAAUUUGCUUCAUCUUAUUCUGCUCAUCGUUUUCCAAAAGCACGGUAAAGAGCGUGGUGCUGACGGUAAAAUGACGACGAAGUGGUACAGGAUUACGAACGAGAUGUUUGCCGUGAUGUCUCCGCUUCUAGUCUUCUUCCUGGUCUUCUACAAUAAUCAAGCGUAUAAUCGUUACAUGGAGCAGUUCUUCAUCGCCAGGAAACUGGAGGGUAAAGUCAAACACAUCACUAAUCGACUUCGCGCUUAUUUUCGCCACGAUCCCUUUCCUGGGGCCGAGCAAUCCAUGCGCGAAAUGCUCAGGACUGUUAUCGUCGCCCAUUACUGCCUUUACUUCCGUCUUCCGCGAUACAGCCUGCGGCAGAUUCACGAAUGGGGCUGGGACUACCUGCGCAAGUACGGACUUGUCAAGAAGGAAGAGUACGCGGUUUUGGUCGCCAAAACCGGACCUGAGAUUAUGGGAGAGACUCUUGCGUUCUGCUUGGAGCGAUUAGGUCAGCACGUGCGGUACGGACACAUCGACACCCUCACUUUCAACGCUUUCGAGCAGGAUUUGCACGUCAUGGCCGGCUUCAUUAUGUCUAUCACCGCUUACGCAAACAAUCCGGUUCCGUUCGCGUACUACCAUUUAGCGAAUCUUCUGACGCUGGGCCAGCUGGCCUUGGUGGCGUACGCUUUCGUGUUCUUAGACAGUUACCUGACGAUUAUAGUGUUUGCAUUGCUGACGACGGCGCUGUUAGGGCUAAGAGAUAUGAGUUGCGCGUUGUCGGAUCCAUUUGGAGUUGACGACACCGAUUUUCCAACCAUAGUGCCGACGGCAAGGUCCCACGUGGGCAACGAAGCGCUGCUGAGCCGAGACAGCGUUUUUGGAAACGCAGCUCUGCCGGGCAAUCCCCCCUCUCCUUCUCCUCCUCCUCCUCGUCAUCCUCCUUCUCCUCCUUCUCCUGCUUAUCUCAAUUCUCCUACUUAGUCUCCUCUCCUCCCGCCAAUGAUGAUGGUUCUUUGGGGCCUCGAUCCACUAUGUCUCCAAAUGUGAGAAGUGGGAAUGAAUCUUCCUCUAGAACACGGAACGAUGCAUCGCCAUAUUUGUUUUGUCUUUUCUACAGGUGGAGAGUAGUGUACAGAGAGGCCCUUAGUCUUCCUUCCUUCCCGCCAAAAUUAUCAAGAAGGAAAGGUGUGUACAGAGGCCCUUAGUCUUCCUUCCUUCCCGCCAAAUUAUCAAGAAGGAAAGAUUCUUGACAUAACAUAGAUAAAUAGCAGGAUAAGACAGAUAGAUAAUAGACCAAUAAGGUAGAUAUACAGUUAGAUAGAUAGAUAGAUCAGUAUAUAACUAGAUAGAUAGAAAUAGACUAGCACAGAUAGAUAGAUAGAUAGAUAGAUAGAUAGAUAGAUAACUAGAUAGAUAGAUAAAUAGAGUGGCACAGAUAGACAGAUAGAUAGAUAGGUAGAUAGAUAUAAAUAGAUAGAGAGAUAGAUAGAUAUAAAUAGAGAUAUUGAUAGACCAGUGGAUAUUAACUGGAUAGCUAGGUAGAUAUAAAUAGACUGGCUGGAAGAUACGUGGAAAGACGGACCCAAUUUAAGAGGGACUGUGGAUUUUAGGUGCGGAGAUAAGGGGUGUAUCGUGAUGACUGUACCUACCGGCAGUAGACCGAUGUAUGCGGAUGUGUAGUUGACUAGAUACUUAAAAUUCAUUGAUUAAGUUGACUAGAUACUUAAAUUCGUUGCUAAAGGGAAUCCUCCCAUGUACCCACCUACCGACGUCGCCACCAACACUCAUCACAUACAUAAAACACUGCCAGCACUCGUGUUGCCUGACAGAGGGUGAUAUGAGCAGCAGCCCCCAGUAGCGCCCUCGUUAGGUGGCUCCUGUCUAUUGGUGGGGUGCGGCACCUGCUGGAAACUGGGUCCAGCGUCCCAAGUAAUCUGCUCUGAGGUCUCUCUGUAUCGUUCCAAUUUUGAUGGAUGUCCCAAAGGACCGUCUUGAAGUGGUACCAGAAGUUUAUUACUUCUUUUUUUUUUUUUUUUAAUAAAGAAGCUUAUUACAG